UGUCUAAGCUUUUGUUUAUUAUUGUUUGUUCGCUACUGUUUCGGUUUCAAAGUUGCGUUUUGUGUCAAAAUGAAAGUUAAAAUAUUAAAAGCUCUUGAUGACAAUUACAUGUAUCUUAUCAUUGACGAAAAAACUAAAAAAGCAGCUGUUGUAGAUCCCGUGGAACCUGCAAAAGUCCUGAAAGCAGCUGAAGAAGAAGGUGUGGAUUUAACGACAAUCUUAACUACCCAUCAUCACUGGGAUCAUGCAGGCGGAAAUGUGGAGUUGAAAUCCAUGAAAAGAAAUAUCAAGGUAGUUGGUGGAGACCAAAAUAUUGCUGGUUUGACUGAUAAGGUUACUCAUGGCGAUACUUUGCAAAUAGGUGAACUGCAUGUAAAUUGUCUCUUAACUCCUUGCCACACGCGUGGACAUAUUUGCUAUUUUGUUGAAGAUGAAAAUGGUGGACAACCAGCAGUGUUUACUGGCGAUACUUUGUUUUCUGCUGGAUGCGGGAAAUUUUUCGAAGGUACACCGGAACAAAUGUAUGAAGCAUUAGUAAGAAUCUUGGGUAAUUUGCCAGACGAUACUCUUGUUUAUUGUGGACAUGAGUAUACUGGCAAUAAUUUAAUUUAUGCUCGUCACGUUGAGCCUAAUAAUCCUGCUAUUAAAAGUAAGCUUGACUGGGUCCUAACUAUGCAUACAGCUGACCAGCCAACAGUACCUUCAACUAUUGGGGAUGAGAAGACCUUCAACCCUUUCAUGAGAGUGAAGGAACCUUCUGUACAAAAACAUGCUGGUUCCACUGAUCCAGUUGCUGUUAUGAAUUUCUUGAGAAAUGAAAAAAAUCAUUUUUCAAAGCGAAUGUAAUUAAUUUGUAUGGUUUAGAGCCAGAUUAUUAUGUUUUCAUUUGUGGUCUGGGAUUUGUGUGUCUAUAUAUAUAUAUAUAUAUUUUAACUUUGUGUCAUUGUUCAACAUUAUAUAGAUUUUGCAGAAUUAUUUAAACAUUUACAUUUUGAAAGUAAAUUGUUCUCAGCCUAAUGAUUAAAUUUGUGAGCUAAUCUUAGUAUUUAAAAGUAAUUUUUUUUAAAACAGAUAAUAAAGUUAGGUUGUCAGAUUUUUUAUUUCAAAAUAAGCUAUCGUGGAAAUUUGGUUAGAUAAAAUUCUAUGUAAUAUGGAAGCCUAUUAUAAUAUUGAUACUAUAAAUUUUG